AUGCUAUAUUUGAUUGGACUGGGUCUUUCAUAUACUUCGGAUAUCACUGUGCGUGGUUUGGAAUGUAUUAAGAAAUGUAAUAGGAUAUACCUUGAACACUACACGAGUAUCUUAAUGGCUGCAUCGUUAGAGGAGCUGGAAGAUUUCUACGGCAAACCAGUCACUUUGGCGGAUCGUGAAAUGGUGGAAAGCGGCUGCGAAGAAAUUUUGCAUGAUGCAGACAAACACGACGUAGCAUUUCUGGUCGUAGGCGACCCAUUUGGCGCUACAACUCACACCGAUCUUGUGUUGCGCGCUAAAAGACAAGGACUGCCGGUCGAAGUCAUCCACAAUGCUUCAGUAAUGAAUGCGGUUGGCUCUUGUGGUCUACAGCUCUACAACUUCGGGCAAACUGUCUCGAUGGUAUUUUUCACCGAUAGCUGGAGACCAGACUCGUGGUACAACAAGAUUUGGGAGAACCGUAAGAUUGGGCUUCACACUCUGGUAUUGCUGGACAUCAAGGUCAAGGAGCAAAGUAUAGAAAACAUGGCUCGGGGAAGACUUAUUUACGAACCUCCUAGAUACAUGUCUAUUGCUCAGUGUUGCGAACAAUUGCUGGAAAUCGAGGAAAACAGAGGCACCAAAGCAUAUACUCCCAAUACUCCUGCUGUUGCCAUCAGCAGACUUGGAUCUGCAACUCAAACAUUCAAAUCUGGCACAAUUGAAGAGCUUGCCAACUACGAUUCAGGUGAACCUUUGCAUUCCUUAGUGAUCCUAGGCAGGCAGUGCCACGAGCUCGAACUUGAAUACUUGCUCGAGUUUGCUGAAAACAAGGAGAUGCUUCAAGAAGCUGUGGUGCGCGACCAAGAAUACUUCAAACCAGCGGCUUGGGUACCUCCAAAUGAGGAACAGGACGAAUAG